UACAUUCGUAAUAGUAAAUUCACAAAAAGAACACGGUUUAGGCCUUCUAAGAAGGUUUAAGUACUCUGGGAAAGACCGGUUUUAUCUUUUACCGAGCAGCUUUAUAAAGGAGUAUUUAUAGAAAUUUGUUCCCAUACAAGUUUAAGCUGCGUCUUUUUUAGUAGCAGAGGUUCGCCAUUUUUAUAUCAAAAUGUGUUUAAGAUUUGGAGUAGUUUUUUUGUUGGCAAGCAUCGGACAGCUGGUGGCAGUAUCAAAUUCAGCAACUAUACAAUAUGGAGGUUCUAAUGAAACACUACGAUCACGAACAAAAGCAAUAUGUGAUUGUAGCAGCUGUCCAAAGGAAUACUUAGUCGGCACUCAAAAAGUAACCUGGUACCAAGCUAGUGUUUUAUGUCAACAGAAUGGAAUGGAACUGAUUUCAAUAAACUCAGCGUCUGAAGAAAACGCCAUUGAAGCUAUUUUAGCCAAUUAUCCAACCACAGUUGGAGUUAAUAACGGCUAUUGGACAUCUGCUACAAGAAACGGAGCGUGUAGUACGGACUUCGUUUGGUUUUCAGGUGGAAAAUCUCUAAUUUAUGCUAAUUUUGCUCCAGGACAACCAGAUAAUGCUGGAAAGAUAGAAAGUUGCGUUGAACUAAUCUUAGAAAAUGCCAACAAAUAUUCCUGGAAUGACCUUCCGUGUCAAAACAAAAUUGGAUUUAUUUGUCAGUCGAAAUGCUGUAAUGGGCAAUAAAAGUAUUACAAAAAAUUUAACGUACAUAUAAUUAUUAUUUUCUUAAUACGAUAAUUAAAUAAGUUCGUUAUAACAUUAAGCUACGCUAAGCUAAGUUAGGUUAGGUUAGUUAUUAUUAAAAAAAUACUUGUAUGAUAGUACAUAACAUUAAUAAAAAGUCAUUUUUAGAAA